AUGUCACAGAGAGCAACAGAUCAGUUGAUGUGGAAGGAUGAGCAAGAACUGUGGGUGGCCAUUGAGUACUGGACAAAACAGCUGAAACAGGUUGAGAGAUUAUUAGUCCCGGUCACUCUCAACAUACUGCUAACGCUAAUCAUUUGGAUUGGUGUGUAUGAAACGAAAACAGAUUCCAAUUCUGUCUUCUAUUAUAUGCUCGAUCCGAGACAUAACCGUACGACCGGAAGUGAAAUCGUCGAUGGAAUGGUGAAUGGAAUCGGAUGUGUUUUGAUGCUAGCUGUGAUAAGCUUUGCGCUGCUCGCUAUGGCACUGUAUGACUACAAGCGCUUGGUUCAGAUGUGGCUCUACAUGUCCUGUGUACUCAUUAUCUUCGGGGUCUUCGCUUCUUUCCUCGUAGAUUUGUUCAAAGCGUUUGGUUUCCAAACCGCCCCUCCGAUACUCACAACAUUCACUGUUAUUUCAUACGGUACCGUGGGUAUUCUCGUAUUCUUCACCAAAAAAACCCCGCUUUACAUGCAUCAAUUUUAUGUUAUUUGUAAUUGUUCAUUGGUUUCCGUAUUCUAUCUUCGAAUGUUUCCUACACAUACCGCAUGGUUUGUAUUGGUGUGCAUUAUUAUCUGGGAUGCAUUCGCAGUGCUCGCACCCGUCGGUCCGUUGCGGCGUAUCAAUGAAAAAGCUCAUGAAUACAGCGAUCAGGUACUCCGAUUCCUCAUGUUCACGGCUGAGGACAGAAAUAAUGAGCCACAUGAAGGAACCACAGUGAACAAAUGUAUCGUCGAAUCGAAACAGCAGAAACCAAAAGCAAGCCGUGAAAAAAGUUCGAUAACAAAGUUGGAUCCGGAAGCAGAGGAGGAAUGCAUUCAACGACGUAAAGCACCAUGUUCGAAAAAUGACGUGGAAGCUGAGAUAGUUGGAAAAAUCUCCGCAAACUUUGGAACAGACGAGAAACAAAAAAAUGACGAGACAAAUUUUACAGUCUACGAUGCGUUGAAUGACGGAUUUCACCCACAGUUGAAAAGUCAGCAGUUACUGGGAUUAUUUUUCUUCACAAUUCAGUUUGAAACUCAUCAGUUGAUGUCAUAUUUCAAUUUAGCAUCAGUUCGUCUUGGCAUGGGCGACUUCGUUUUCUACAGCUUGUUGGUGGGUAAAGCCGCCGCAACACGAAGUGGAAUGUGCGUUGCUGGUUCAGUAAUUGGUAUACUGGUUGGGCUGGUAAUUACCCUGACGAUACUGUCCAGCGAUGACGAAACCACUCCGGCAUUGCCCGUUUCAAUUAGCAUCGCAUUAAUACUGCAUUUCGGAAUUCAACUAUUCGUCGAGCCAUUCUACCAUCAAAUUAUCAUCGCUCAAAGAUUGUUUCUUUGA